AUGAGCACCACAAUCAAUGCGACAGAAGUCUACAUAGGAAUAGCUGGCAUCUACAAUGAGGGGAAAAUCUCUGACAAUGGAAGUAUGGCAUUCCUGAACCCCUCCCACGCCGUAAACAAAACCAUCAAUAUCCUCAGCAUGAUCAACCUCUUCAUCAGUAUGAUAUCCGUUGGCUGUACAAUGGAGAUUUCCAAAAUCAAGGCCCAUUUCCUCAAGCCAAAAGGAGUGGCCAUUGCACUGCUGGCCCAGUUCGGCGUCAUGCCCCUGACUGCUUUCUGUAUGGCCAAAAUCCUCCAGAUGGGUCCCGUCAAGGCUGUGACUGUGCUCAUCUGUGGCUGCUGUCCAGGGGGAAGCUUGUCAAACGUUUUGUCUCUGGCCAUGAAGGGCGACAUGAACCUCAGCAUCACAAUGACCACUUGCUCCGGUAUCGCGGCCCUGGGUCUGAUGCCUUUGUUGCUCUACAUCUUCUCCCAAGGCUUCACCGGCCUGGAAAAGGCUGUACCCUUCAUCAGCAUCAUCACCGCUCUCGUGCUCACCCUGGUGCCCUGUAGCAUCGGCAUUGCCAUCAAUCACCACAAGCCAAACUACUCACCAGUUGUGAAAAAAGUUGGUCUCAGGAUCCUGAUCGUCUCCUGCAUCAUACUGGCCAUCCUGUUUGGUGUGGUCUACGGAGACAUACUAUGGAUGGUCCUCACACCUGAUGUUCUGUGCGUGUCUGCACUGAUGCCACUGACUGGCUUUAUUCUGGGAUAUGUCAUGUCAGCCAUAUGCAAACUCAGUCCACAAUGCAGCAGGACCAUCUCCAUGGAAACAGGGUGUCAAAACAUCCAGCUGUGCGUUGUCAUCCUAAGGGUGGCCUUUACCCCGAAGGUCAUUGGACCCAUGUCUCUCUUCCCUCUGUUAUACUUCACAUUCCAGUGUACUGAGGCCCUUCUUCUGGCCCUGUGCUUCAGAUGUUACCAAGCAUUCAAGCCACCAGCUGAGGAUGCGAGGAUAUCAGGCAGUGUUAACGUUAAACAUGAGGAGGUGGAAGGCGCCACGACGGCAUCACAUGUGCCGGAGAGGGAAAACAAAGGAGAGCUGACUCUGACCUACUGA